GCUGAGCAGGCACGCAUACUCUGGCAAUGCAAGGGCAGCGUCGACGCGGCCCGCCAAGUGUUCAAGGACAAACAUGAGCGAUUCCUGGACUCGCGCGAGUUCUGGGUCAAAUAUCUUGAAUUCGAGAUCGCACAACCCUCACCUGAUCAGGAAGAGGGCCAUUCCCGCAUAAAGGCAGUGCACGAGCUGAUGCGCACUAAAGGACGCUUCUCCACAGACGUCUCAAAGGAACUCUCCCACUACUACAUGACUUAUUUGCUGGAUCGUGGUGGCAAGGACGCAGCCGAGGAGUACAUGCAGCUGGAUAAGGAUGUCAAUGGGUAUGUAUCAUCUGCUAAGAGCGACCCCUCCCAACUCCCACCUCAGAAGAAACGCAAAGGACAGCCUCACAACGCAGCAAACAAACGCCAGCGCAAAUAG